AUGUGUGCAUGUUCUUGGCUUUGCACCAUUUUAAUUAUUUUGGUUGCUGCUGGUCUGGACACAGUAGCAAAGACCACACCGCAUGCCAAAUUUACGAAGAAAUCCGAGUGGAAAGAGUUACCAAAGGAUCCGAAGCCAUCCAGGGGCCCCACUCUGGAGGAAGAAGAAUCCUUCUUCACAAGCAUGUCCGGAGUGGCCGAGCCCACCACCGCCCCCUCCUCCCUGGACUCCCCCUCUGCCUCUACUAUGCUCUUCCCCUCUGCAAACUUCACUCUGGACUCGGCUGAUUUCCUUUGGAAUUGCUGUCACUGCUGUCUGCCUGGCACUGGGCAGAAAGGAGAACCAGGGACGGCUGGAAAUCAAGGUCCUAAAGGAGAGGCAGGCGAUAGGGGGAUCCCAGGACCACCAGGAAUCAAUGGGCUCCAAGGCUUACAAGGCCAGAAAGGAGAGAAGGGACUGAAAGGAGAACGUGGGGACCAAGGAGCAAGCGGAGCUCCAGGGUACCCAGGAAAGCCGGGGGAACAAGGUGGACUGGGCCCCAAGGGCGACCCAGGCAGCGCGGGGCUGGCCGGAGGCAAAGGCGAGAAGGGCGCCAAGGGGGACGCGUGCGGGAACGGCACCAAGGGCGACAAGGGCGACCCGGGGGCGGUGGGCGCCCCGGGCGGGCACGGAGAGCCGGGAGCCCAGGGCGCCCAGGGCGCGAAGGGCUCCAAGGGCGCCAAGGGCGAGGCCGGCCCGAAAGGCGACUGCGGCGGCGACUGCGGGCCCCGGGCCGGGAAAGGGCAGAAGGGCGAGCCGGGGCCGAGAGGCGAGCCGGGCGGCCCAGGAGCCGCGGGAAGCGAAGGCCCGCGGGGCCCGGCGGGCCGGCCGGGGCCCGCGGGGAGCGCGGGCGGCCCGGGAGAAAAAGGCGAGCGGGGGCCCCCGGGCGUGCAGGGACCCGCGGGGCCCAAGGGUGAGCUGGGGACCCAAGGGGUCCGAGGGCCCCCCGGGAAGAAGGGGGCCCGGGGCUUCAAGGGCUCCCAGGGCGAGGGGGCCCCGGCGGCCCGGGCGGCGUUCAGCGCGGCCUUGUCUCGGCCGUUCCCGCCGGCGCGCGCGCCCAUCCGCUUCGACCGCGUGCUGUACAACGAGCCCGCGCCCGGCGACUACAGCGCCGCCACCGGCAAGUUCCGCUGCCGCGCGCCGGGCCUCUACGUGUUCGCCUACCACGUGGCGGUGCGCGGCCGGCCGGCCCGCGUGCACCUGGUGGCGCGCGGCGCGCGGCUCGCCAGCGCCCGGCAGACGCCGCGCGCCCGGGCCGUGGAGCGCGCCUCGCUGCUCACCCUGCUGAGCCUGCGCGCCGGCGACCAGGUGUGGCUGGAGGUGGCCGAGGACGCCGACGGCCUGCACGCCAGCGCCGACGACCUCAGCGUCUUCACCGGCUUCCUGCUGUACCCGCUCGGGGCCGCCGCGCCCUGA